AUGGAACCUCCAACUAGAGAUACAACCAAGGCCCUCCAAAAUACUGUGGAAGUAUCAAACGUGCCCCGUUCCCGAUUCUUAGACGCUGCUCUUCCGUACAUCGAUCACCGGCAACUUUCUAUGUCUGAGGAUGGAAGCAGCAUGGAAAUCCCAGGCGGGCUCGAGGAUGAUCCACCUCAAGUGCCAGAAUUCCGGCCAUCUUCGCCUUUACGAGACAGCGUGCUAGCUGCUGAUGCCAGGGAUAUUCUACGGGCGAAGGAGAUUAUCAAAUAUCUGCUGAAAAACAACUAUGGCGCCUUUCCUUCCCGAAUAUCUCUCUGGCAUGCACUCUUAAUAGUAUGGCACAAAGCCUUUGCUGGUGACAACAUCCCGACAUACACAAUUAGCCAACGCGCGGUAAAAGACCUCAUUAAGCGGAAGGAAGUGGUAGAGAACACAUUUGCGUUCCGUGAUUCCGCUGGCACGAUAUCUGACUGCUAUCUGCUUGUAGAGUCCGGAAUAGAUCCGAAUCUUCCUCAAUUCCAAAGGCUCAAAGCCUUGAUGAAGGAGGCUCAUCCUCGCCCCUUUAUUCCCCAUGAGUUCGCCCAUCCAAGCGCGGAAACUCCAUCUACCAAUCAGAAUUGCGGGCCACAAUGGGGCUCCGGUCGCCGAAAACAUGUAAUGUCUGUCGAAGUCUUAGAUGCGCCUAUCUAUAUCUCUCAAGCCACCCGGAAGAGAUCUGCCCCAAAGGCCGUGCUUAGAAUAUCAGAAACAGGAGAAAUCGGAAGUAUGAAGCGAGUGAGACGUGCUUUUAAAGUAAACACUUCUGCAACAUGGCCUCCAGUAACCCCAGACUGGUACCUUAUGGGCCGGUACAAACAACUACGAUUCUUAAAACCGAAUACCCAUCUCGGCGAAGAAGGUUUAACCAGCGUGCCGGAGCCGGAGAAUGUGGCCUCCGCUAGCCCUACUCAUGCCCCUAGCGAAGCAUCUCAUCACGACAGUCGCGAGCGUGACAGGCGAACAGAACGCUACAUCAGUAUCAAAUUCACAGAGUGUACUAACAUCCAAAAGGGCACAAUAGAAUGGCCUACACCUGACAAUGACUUCUUCGAGUUCAAGGGGAGUAGUUUCACUCUCAUAGGUCCUACACCAGACCGUGAGGGCGUUACUCAACACAUGCGACAACGAACUACUCACUCUAACCUUCACAGAGCAUAUGGCUCUAUGUAUGGCUCUUUCUUAGCUCACGAGCAGCCCGACCUUUUAUUUGCACGACCUGUUGGUCCAAGCGCUUGCCGUGCGACACCGCUCAGGGGCCGACCAAGAAGUCGGCGUGACCGCCCUCCAAGAUUUAGGCUCAAAGAGCGUGUUCUGAUGCCAAUUAGCAAAAUAACUGAGGGGCACCAUCAAGAGCUGCGUACGAACAGCAUCCUUACUGACGGUUGUGCUCUUGAAGAGGCUCUUACGGUAGCGUUCGUAGCUAUCAGGGCCCUUCUCGGAGGAUCAAGCAAGGCGAUUGAUUGGGGACUGCUUAUGCGACUUUUCCCAGAUCAGAGUUUAAGUGAUCUGCGACGGUUCUGGGUGAAGCUCAUGAAAGACCGUAUACACUUCUUGGCCAGCUUCACCGAGAAAUUUCAAGACGCGUUCCUCAAAUCUUACGAAAAUGGAGAGUUGCCCCCUUUAAAUUAUGAUGACCUCCCUGGCUACGACUGGCAAGCCUUGAUUCAAUGGGCAAUAGAGUUGCGACGCACCAACUUUGUCAGAUUGCCAAUCAAACAAUCAUCGGGUACAGCCGUAAAGGGGAUACGGGGCUUUACACUCGAGAAUCAGCCGAUGCAACCUAGACACUGGCAUGAGAGGUUUUACCAUCAUCAAGCGUCUAUCUUUAGCCGCUUUGAAUUAUCGACUUCGGAAAGCGCAGCUCUUCGUUUGCCUUCCUUAGCAAAAGGCGCGCCUGAUGCUACCGCGCCUGAUGCUGUACAAGUGGCCAUAUCCUGGGUGCGCGCCCUCUCAACAACGCCCUCAGGGAAAUGUCCGCCGGAUAUUGUGAAGAGUAAACUUGCAACACUUGCCUCAACUCGCGAACAAGUCAAUGCAAUAUUAGAUGAGGCCGUCACAAGCCUGAACACUCGGCGAAUCAUCACAAAACGCAUACGUAGCAAGCCUUACAUGCUGAGCCGACCGUUUCAAAGCAAUCUCGCAAAAUUCGGGCACGAGAAAAGUUCCGCGCUGCGUCCGAUUUCAAAAAUUGCUCGACGAGACCUUUCGUCGGGCAGAGCCCUUCAAAAUCCCCUUCCUUGCCGAGGAUGGUGCGAAUAUGGCCCUUCUUAA